AUGCACGUUGAACCUAAUAGCACCAAGAGAACAUGGCAGGAGAAUGUUGGAGUGUACGCCGCCUUCGAUGCGGCUAGGGCCCUCCUAGACCCCUUAUCCCCUGGUGUGGCCCUCAGCUACCUCUCCUUGGCAGCCGCCAGCCCUGCCCAGAUCGGCCAAGUCGCCCUGACGAUUCCCGCAGUUCUAGGGGCCGGUUACGUGGCCCUUCAGCUCGGUCAGAAGAUGAGCAGUGGAGGGGCAUUCCAACACAACUACUUCAUGCUCUUCCUGUACCUGGUCAUGAGUUUCGCUCCCACGCCCUGUUUCCAGAACCUUUUCGCGGACCUCCUGUUCGUGGCUACCUGGUUGACGGUGUCGUAUUUCGCAUUCUCACUAUUGCCCGAAAUGGUGUUGAAGGACCAUGUGUUCACUCUCUAUCUGGUGGCCUUCCUUCUGCCCAUCUUCCCCCUGGCCUUCUCCUUCAUGCCCAUCAUCAAUACUAGAUCCUAUUUGAUGCUAUAG